UGCGGUACUUUGUAAAACAAACAAAACAACGCAAAAAAAAAGAAAACAACAGAAGCAACAACAACGAAAACCUACUUAAAAGCGCAAUUAUGUUUGUGCGUUGUAAAGCAUUUCGUCGAGUUGGUCCGACACGACAUAGCGAAAUUGUGUCGACGACUGUCAUUUUGACGACAGUAAAAGCAACAGCACCAGUGCCACCAUUUAAGCACCAAACAUUGACACAUAACGAAAUGAUGCACACACGCUCGCACUCUCCAAUUAAAUAAUUGCAAAAACUGUUUCUAGGCACACGUAUUAAGUCAGUCAAAUACUCCGUAGGAUGACGUAUGAGUGUGGAAUGAUGAUUGACGAACAGACAUGAUUUUAGGAUUUCAGUGACGACAUUUAAUGUAAUCCAUAUUGUGUCAUGUGUUACUUGGCGAAAAGUUUUAUAGGUUGAAUACAGAUGAGUGAGUCGUUUUGUUAUCAACCAUUUUCAGAUUAAAAACGAGUAAAAAUGCUAUUAACGUUCACGGCUUUUUUAGACCAAGGCGUUACAUAAAAAGUGAUCGAAAUCCGAUCCAAUACAAGACUUUUUCAAUAGCGGUUGUCCUUCGGCCAAAACAUAUCAGUGUACCAAAUGUUAUCAAAAUAUAUCCAAAAUCGCGUGGUGUACUUUGGACAUAAAAACACAAGACAUAAAGACGGACAGACAAUGUUAUAUUCAGGAUGGCCUUCUCAAUCUAUCGGCAUAAUAAAAAGUGGUUCUAUUCUAAAUCUCUCUGAGUGUUGCAUACGUUAGCACAAAAUUAUUAUAUCCUUAUAUAGCAACUGGUGUAUAGUAUCGGAGAACAAACGAAUUAAUUCAAAUAAAAUUAAAUCUAAGUUUCGAUAGAAUUUCAUGCGGUUCCUUGCGAAUACAUAUGACCUGUGUUUCCCAACUUUAUAGUUACAGUUUACAGGUAUGCGACGUUCUCAGCCACAUUCCUUUAAACUAAAUUCGCUUUUCUCUAUGACCUCGAAAGCACUAAUGAUUCCUAGUCAAAGAUUGGGCGAUGGUUGCAAGUUCAUGAUAAAUUAUAUUUCGUGUUGCGUCAUAUAUUAUAUUUAAACCUAAUCAAUAAAGUGUUGAGUAGAAGUUAAAAUUGAAAAAUUUCUCUUCAUUAACCCUCUGUUAUAUAUCACUUAAGAUUUUAAUGAGAGAGAUCGACUGACUCUAAUUUAGAUUUACGAUUAAUUCCAACUGUAUUUCUAUCAAGCUUACCGAGUAUGUGGUGAUUCAGCAAUUAUAAAUAUAUGCAUUCAUGAAUGCUUGAAGUAAAAAAAGCUGUGAAAGCUUAUGAGAAACGAAUACUGAUUUAUAUGAUUUUCAAAAGCAAAAUAUUAUAAGAUCACAAAUUUUUAUCGAUUUGAAAACGUUUAUAAUUUUGCAUAUAUAUAAAUAUUUAUAAAUAUUCCAACAUAUGCAUGCUUGUAAACACGAAUAUAAAAUACAAAUAUUUAUUAAUAACUAUUUAGAUAACUUUCCCAGAAUAACGAAUUUAAUGAAUUAACUUGAAAAAAAAAAAAUUAAAAA